ACUAGUCUUCUGCUAUAUUUUAUUUAAGAAUACAGAAAAUUACAAAAUAAUGUAUAUGAAGUAAUCUUAGUUGAAUAAAAAGUCUGGGAAAGUUAAAAUUUGUAUUUAAAGCUGUGCGAACAACGUUGGCUUUUGUACGGGGCAUGAGGUAGAGGAAUGGAAACUAAUGAAACUCCCACUUGAUCAGCGAGACUUCGAACGUUUAGCCUGGGAGGUGGCCGAAUACAGCAAGCGCAAACUGAAGUUAUCAAAAGAGUUGCCAGGAUGAAUGCUAAAUGUCACAGAUGUAAUAAGACAGUCUACCCUGUCGAAAAGUUAAGUUGCUUAGAUAAAACAUGGCACAAGGGAUGCUUCAACUGCGAAACCUGCCAUAUGACCCUAAGUAUGAAAACAUACAAGGGUUAUAACAAGCUGCCUUACUGCAAUACACAUUACCCAACAACUAAAUUUACAGCCGUUGCUGAUACUCCAGAAAAUUUAAGGCUUAAAAAGAAUACGACAAACCAAAGUAACGUUGUUUAUCAUAAAGAUUUUGAACAAGAAAGAGGCAAAUUCACAGCAGUAGCAGAUGAUCCAGAAACGUUGCGUGUCAAGAAAUCACAAGUACAAGCUAGUGACGUUAGAUAUCAACAGAAAGAUUCGAGCUCUGCUGCACCACCUCAGUUUGCUGGAGAUGCUCCUGCUACACGAUAUGAUGCUCCAAGAAGCCCACCAGCGCAAAGCUACCAACCUCCACCACCUGCACAAAGCUACGAUCCCCCGCCACCUGCACAAACUUACGAGCCCGAACCUCAACCAGACGUUCCUACUCCAAGUGGUGGUGGUGGUGGUGGUGGUGGUCGCUUUGUAGCGUUGUAUGAUUACACUGCUGCGGAUGACGAUGAGGUAUCGUUCAACGAAAACGACGUUAUUAUAAACGGCGAAGCGAUUGAUGACGGAUGGAUGACAGGAACUGUUGAGCGAACUGGUGAAACUGGAAUGUUGCCGUCAAAUUAUGUCGAUCCCCAAUAAUCGCUAUGGACUUAUUUUUUAUUUUUUUGCAGUAAAAAGUUAUCCUUUCCAAAACAACUGUAGAUGUGCAUCAUAAAGUAUGGAAGAAAUAAAAAAAACGGGAAGUCAUAUUUAGUAAAUUUUUGUAUCAUAUAUCUUGUAAAAAACGGAAUUUAAUUUGUGUCUGUUGUCUGUUUUGUGAUGGUUCGUUGUUGAUUCGUUUCGUUCAGUUUUAAAAAAUUUCCUGACCAUCUCCGACUGUGCUAUUUCUACUUGGCUCGUUAAUCUUUCUCUGUAUUGAAAUUUGUAAAACGAAAUGUUUUUUAACGAAUUCAGUGUUGUGUGUGCUGUUUAUUUUCAUCGCACUUUCGAACGAAUUGUCUCGAGAUCUGACCAAUAAAUUUUCAGAUCAAAACCCACCGACCAAUCGCAUUUCAAAACAAACUUGCACUUGACCAAUGAGCUUUUGUGACCUAAUUUAUAUCCACGUACUUUAUUUGUUGAUUUUUUUGCUCACACUUAGUUCCCAAUCAUAAAAUACAUAAAGUUCAGAACCUGGGUUUAUAACACUGUUGUUUAACUCCAUGUAAUUUUUUCACGGUUUUUGUUCUUUUUAUUAUUGGGUAGACAAAAAAUUAAUUCUUAUAUUCUA